AUGGAUGUAUCCUUAGAUGAACAAUUUGACAUUAAUAAUGUGGAUUGGACUUUGAGUAAAUGCAAAAAAUUUUUAAGGUUAGUCCAAGAAAAACCGACUGAAACUCGUAUCAAAAAAGAGCCAGGCGACGGAAGCCAUUUAUUUCUGCCGAUGUAUCUUGGCAAGGGCCGCGAAUUUUAUAAAUGGGAUUCAAAGAACCUUCACGACAUAUUUGUAGCAAUUUUUCGAUUUUUGCAAAAAUAUUAUCACGAUUUAAGCUGGUUGAAUCUUAAAGCCCUUCACAAAGACAAACAUGCUAGCAAAGAGGCAAAAUUACAAGAUAAAUUCAUCAAGGAAAUUAAUGAUAAAUGGCUUCCAGGAUUCGGGUAUCUUUACGAUUUUGAAUAUAGAAUUGGGUACCACAAAGGAGAUUUGAUUUUUACAGAUGAUAAUGGAUUUCUUGUAGCUGUAGAAACGAAAAGAGGGGGAUAUAAUCCGGUGCUUAUCAUACAGAAUAUCAAUAAAGCCAAGGAGCAAGCAAUUAAAUAUCGAAAUCUCCUCAUGGAAAGAACCAAAAAUGAUUCUAAUAUCAUUACAAUUCUCGGUGUCUAUUUUAUCGAUGUGGGUAAGAAAAUGAAAUUGUUUCCCUUGGACAUUGACAAUAAAAUAUGGGAGGCGAUCAAAAAGGUUCACGAAUUCAACAAAAAGUCUCUGACUUCUGAUAAAAUUUCUAUUGCUCAAACAAUUGGAAGAGAAACGUUCAUUAGAUCAUCCCAAGAGGCUGAUUCUGAUGAAGAUAUUACGGAUGGACUUGAAAACACUCAUUUAUAA